AUGUAUAUGUGUCUGUGUCUCAUGCCUUUGUGUAUCAUGUAUAUGUGUCUGUGUCUCAUGCCUCUGUGUAUCAUGUAUAUGUGUCUGUGUCUCAUGCCUCGGUGUAUCAUGCCUCAGUAUCUCAUGCCUCGGUGUAUCAUGCCUCUGUGUAUCAUGUAUAUGUGUCUGUGUCUCAUGCCUCGGUGUAUCAUGCAUGUGUAUCAUGUAUAUGUGUCCAUGCCUUGGUGUAUCAUGCUUCGGUGUAUCAUACCUCAGUGUAUUAUGUCUCAAUCUAUCAUGCCUCAGUGUAUCAUGCCUCAGUGUAUCAUGCCUCAGUGCCUCAUGCCUCAGUGUAUUAUGCCUCAGUAUCUCAUGCCUCAUUGUAUCAUGCCUCAGUGUAUUAUGCCUCAGUGUAUUAUGCCUCAGUAUCUCAUGCCUCAGUGCAUCAUGCCUCAGUGUAUCAUGCCUCAUUGUAUCAUGCCUCAGUAUCUCAUACCUCAGUGUAUCGGUAUCAUGCCUCAGUGUAUCAUGCCUCAGUGUAUCAUGCCUCAGUGUAUCAUGCCUCAGUGUAUCAUGCCUCAGUGUAUCAUGCCUCAGUGUAUCAUGCUUCAGUGUAUCAUGCCUCAGUGUAUCAUGCCUCAGUGCAUCAUGCCUCAGUGCAUCAUGCCUCAGUGUAUCAUGCCUCAGUGUAUCAUGCCUCAGUGUAUCAUGCCUCAGUGUAUCAUGCCUCAGUGCAUCAUGCCUUAG